GUGAGGCAACUUACCUGGCGUGUUUGACUCAUCCACUUUUUAGCAUUCCGAAGAGGACAUCAAUUUUCGGCGUAGCGUUAAGUUCGGUUGCAGGUCCGGCGUUAUGUUAGGCCUUCUUCUUUGAUCAAUCUCCAAUGUUUAUUGGCUCACGUGCAGCCACCCGCUUCUGGAAUUUGACAGUUGGUCAAAACCGAUAAGGUUAUGUGGGUGCGCGCCUAUGCGAGGCCUCACAUAUAAGAGGUGUGUGAGCAGUUUAGCAGGCCCAUAACAUUUGCACGACAAGUCACGAUAGUUACGAACAAUGGUCCCAAUGACUCUUAUGAAGCUUCCUUUUCUAGUGCCAUCUGUCCUUGUAUUCAAUAAUGCAUUCAUUUCUCCAGCCUCGACACCCCGCGAUGAUGAAGUUGUGAGCGGCGGCCCGCUCUACGAGCGUAUCUGCCCAGCUAUUUACCCAAUAUUACAGCGGUUAUCUGCUUUGAUACCCUGUGUUGCGGAAAUAGCUGUCAUACUUGCAGCUCAUUUUCCGUCACCUCUCUCAUCCAAAAUCCUAUCGACUCUAGUUCAUACCGGAAAGCUUCUAGAUAUGAUGCCAAACAGAUACUUCAUACUCGGAACAACCCUCACUACCAUCGGUGGCCUGGGGCGCCUAUGGUGUUUCCGCGUCAUGGGACAACAAUUCACUCACCAGCUCACCAUACGCAAGAACCAUGCACUUGUCACCACAGGUCCGUACGACAUCGUACGACAUCCUAGCUAUACAUCUAGCUGCAUCGCCUCGUUGGGCAUCUCGCUCAUCUUCGCAAGCCCCGGAUCGUUCAUGCGGACAUCCGGGUGGCUCUCCACUCGCUUCGGGCGUGGCCUACUUGGGUUGUGGGUGAUACAAAUCCUACUGUCCGUGGUGCUAAGCCGCGACCGGUCCAUCCACGAAGAUGCAAUGCUUCGCAAGCAUUUUGAGGAAGAAUGGGAUCGGUGGUCGAAAAGGGUGCGAUAUAGACUCAUUCCAGGUGUAUUCUAGCCAUAUUUUUGUAUCUUUGUUAUGACUCUAACUUCAUUGUAAUUGUUUCAAUUCUCGUCCCCCGAAGAACUUCUUCGGCAAGUGGAUCAGGCAUAACAAUGAAAUGUAUUUCAUGGCCUUUGAUGUAUGAUACAGGAAUAUUCCUCCGUUCAUACUCAUGAUAUGGUCGAUGAGUGUCAAUUGUUUGGAAGCUUU